UUAGGCGCAUGCGCAGGGUGGAAGUAGAGUGGACAGAAGUCUUCAAGCGAGCUACACGGAAUACCCGGACAACAUUACUUACCCCUUUACAAAUACCUACAACGUUAAAAAAAAACUCUAAGACUGACACACACGGGUCUCUUCAGUAAACUGGAUUAUUUUUGAGUCUUAUAAAGUAGCUGUCAACUUGCAUACCUAGCUUGUUAGCUGGAUGGCUAGUGAGAAUGAACUGUUAUGCAUUGUCGGACAAUCAGCUAGUGUACUCCGGCUAACGCUCCCCUAGCCAUCUUGCUGUCACUGACGUGACUCCGUGAGCUGACGACAUGAUAUGUCUGCAUAACUUUUUAUCUGCUGGAUGUUUAAUUUCCACAAAGAAAACACAAUGGACAGCGAACGCAGCAACUGCAGGCCCCGGAUUGGAGACAAUAGCAAGCUAACCUAGCUAGCAGACUGUAGUGGCUGCUCAGCUUGUCUGGUGCGUGUCUGGAGCCCCUCUGACAACAUCUAGAUUUGUCUGCCAUCAGAACUAUGUUUGGAGUGUUCACAACAUCAACGCUCACCAUAAGGGAGACCUGUUACCCAUUUGAGGUGCCUAGACCAGGUAUCGGAAGGAUAUGUCAGAACCAAAUACGGCAACAUGUAGCCUACCUUUGUUUCAUAACCAACACCAAACGGUUGCAUACCAAGACCCAGCAUCUCAGCAGCCAAGCUCUGACAUCAUGUCUUCACAAUCCAAAUGGAUGAACAACAACAUUGAAGAUACUGGUCUUGUCAUAUCUGAGGAAGGGCUCAGUAAUGACUGUGAAGUUGAGACAAUGGUAGUAUUACGCUGUCAUGAUGAUAGUGGGGAUGUUACCGUUGAGGCUGACCCUGCACUUAGCAAUGAUGGCAUGUCAGAGUUUUCCAAUAGUGACCUCUCUCUGCCAGGUUGCAUUUCUACCAACAGCAAUAGUUUUGAAGACGACAUGAACUACGAGGUCCAGCAAGCAUAUAGAAUAUUCACUGGCUUUCUCUUGGACAAGCACAAAAGCAUCACCACCCCAUUUCUCCAUCCCAUUGGCCACCAGGAGGCCCAGCAUGGCAUUGGAGGGGUGGGCUGGGGUCAGGCCCAGCUCAAGCAGUCAAUGUGCUUGCGGAAUGAGGAGAAGUUUAUAAACCAAGAGUAUGACACCAUAACAGAGUUUGUUGCAGACUUCACUAUGUUGGAAAACUGUUAUCGCUACCAUGGGGUGGACCACUGGAUCUCCAAACAGGCUCAGAAGCUGGAAAUCACUGAGCAGAAGCUUACGUUGCUCUCCAGGACGCUGCGAGAGAAGACCACCUUGGCAGUGACUUCCAAGGAGCGUUUUGGGGGCAAGAAGAAAAGAAGAUCAGGAGGGACUAUCCACAAGAAGGAGACUGCCCCUCGUAGUCUGGCUACUAUUACUGUAGGUGGGCAUGAGUCUCUCAUGGUCCAGGCGCUCAAGGCUAGAAGAGCAACACAGAGUCAAAGGAGGAUGAAUAGGCAACGUGAACUUGAGAAGAAAGAAGCAGAGGAAAUGUCAGCCAAAGGUGAGGAGUGGGAGCAGAAUUUACUGUCACAAGCGUCUCUCCCACUGUGGAACACACUUUGGGAAUCCCUGCUACGGGCACUUCCUCUGCUUGCUCAGACUGCCUUAACCUCCAGAGAUUGUAUUUUCGAGCUUGAGCGUUGUUUGUUGAUGCCUCGUUGCAGCCUCCUCCUGUCCAAAAUCAUGUCUUCCCUACUGUCUCCAACCCAGCGAAUGACCCUGCACCGACGGCCUGCUCUGCCUUACCGUCGCUGGGAAUCAGAGCUCAGGCAGCGGGUGAUGGGCUGGUAUCGAGCUGUCGGUGCCGCUCGGUAUCAGACAGGUCGGACAGAGCAGCUGGGUCUCUGCCACCAGUUUUUCAGGCUUAGGGAAGUGAAUCCUUUAACAGAGAAACCCUUUCACUUGCUGCCCUUCUACCAGCGAGUAUGGCUUCUGAAGGGGCUGUGUGAUCAUGUGUGAACACAGAAGGAUGUGCAGGAUGCUCUGUUAUCCCAGCCCAUUCAUGAAUGUAGGGAGUCUAUUUUGGGCUAUGACAGUAGGGAGAAUGCCUAUAUACAUUUUCCACAUUUCUGUGGAGCAGACCUGAGGAUCUACCGCCAAAGCCCCAGCACACCCCCGGCAUUCCCUUUCACUUCUUCAUGGGUCAGAAGAGUUGAAAUGGAGCCAGUGACAGAGGGUGAAGAGUCAGAUAGCAUGAAAGAUGAAGAGCUUACAAAUGAGAAGGGGUGUUAUGUGGAUAAAAUGGACACUGGAGAGUAUGGUGGUUUUGGAAAUGGGAAAGCAGAAUCACAAAUGAGUUUCUCAGGGGAAAAUGGGGAAGAUGAGGAAGAUGAAAAACGGUUUAAAUCUUGGUCACCAAAGGAGGAGGUUUCUGAAUCAGUGUCCUCUGAUGAAGACUCAUGUGAAGAUCCUAAGUUGGAUUUAAACACUAACUCCUUAUCCCUUUCGCAUGCAAGUCCCAUUGGAGGAAGUGGUUUGAAAAUGAAUUUAAAAGAAGAGACUGUAGAGAUGGAGCAUCAAUCCAAGAGACUCAAAUUACGACAUGAGCAGUGCUUCACAUUGGGCUCAAUGCGCACCAUUAAAGCAGAGACAAAAGAGCCCUGUCUGAGUGUUGGUGAGCACUGUUACAUGGGCAGAUCACCUGCUCGAUCAGUGAAUGUGGCCUUUACUAACAAACCAGCAGGGCUCAAAGGAGGAAGAAGUCUCACUCAGGGACACCAAAGAUCUUCCUGUUUGGGAUAUUGUAGACGUGAAACAAGUGAUCUCAAUUCGGAGGAUUAUGACUGCUCUUGUGGCACAUCAAGUCUAGCAACACAGUUGUCAUCUGAGAGUGCUCAAGACUCAAGUGAAGAGAAGUUGAAUGACAAAAUCUGGAAUAAGAAAAAAAAGCGGAAGAAAAAGCGAGGAAGGGAACAGCUGCCGAGGGUGAAAGGAGAGCACAAGCAGCUGCAGCACGUGGACAGGAUGAGGCUGCCCCCAGUUGAGACUGCCAAGUCUGCACUGCGGCGUGUUGCAACAACGAUCAAAAGAAAGGAGAAGAAGAAGAAACAUAAAACAGGGAGGAAGAAAACUGAAGAUGAACCUUCAGCUGAACCAUCAUUUAAGCUGGUAUGCACUAGUCUUGAGGAGUUGCGAGACUUAAUCAGUAAGACAGAAGAUGAGCUUGAUGACCGGAGCACCAAAAAGAGACUGGGUCGGUGGUAUUAUAGGAGAGAGGCAGUGAAAGACCUCCACAGCACUCUAAUCAGACUGCUAAAUGAACUAUCUCCCUGGGAACCCAAACUUGUGAAGGCCCACCAAAGGAACAGGCUUCGUUUAAAGAAGGAAUUUGAUGACUUCAAGAAUCACCCAGAGUACAACAACUUGUGCGUGAGAUGUAUUUCUACAUCAUCAUCAUCUGAUGAUGACGAUGACAGGAGUUAUGGGAAGGAGACGUGUUUACUCUCAGAUCACUAUAGAAGAUCAGAAGAGGAAGACCUGGAGCAUGUGGUGCCUAGAGGUCUUUGGAGUGGAGCAAGCACCAGGGAGUUUUUGGCUCAGUCUUCCGAAGAAAGAACAGUGACCCACCUGACUCCAAAUCAUCUGAAACACCCUCUGGACACAACUGAGAAAGGCAUCAAUCUGCUGCCAAGAGUUCGGACUGGCAUUAUUAACAGCACAUCUACCCAUGACACUGGGCCAACAUUUAGAUCUGAACUUCCCCCAUCAAAUCAAUCAGGGGAUUCAAACUCAUCACGGGAAGCAAGGCUGCCAACCCAGGCCUCACUGUCUCAGACCCCCAUCCUCCAUCCCACCGCUGGACUACCUAAGGGCUACACGCCCAUCCCCACCCUGCUGGCUAAGAGUGUGGGAAACAAAGUGACCUUAAUGAAACGGCCUGCUGAUUGUACAGUCAACAACAUGGACAGACAGAGAAAAGAGUUAUUGAUGUCCCUGCCUACCUCUACGGUUACAACCACAACAUUUACAAAAGCACAAAGCUCUCCGGCCAGUUCUCCACAGAACCCAAAACAAACGCAGGCACCAAGACCACAGCAGACAGAAGUAGUAACCACAGGGAUCACCAUUUUGACGGCAGCUCUUCCUAAAUCAUCCCAGGCCAAAACAACCCAAACUGUACCAAAAAUUCCAUCCCAAGUGAUUUACAAGGUACCUGAGAGGCUAGGUCACAUUGUACAGAAAGACAGCAGCAGCCCAGUCAAGAUCUCUGUUCAUCCCGUCAUGGACCAGAACACUGGGGAAAAGAUCAUGCAGCAAGUGGUGAUUCUACCUUCUAACCUUCUCAUUAGAAACACAGAAGAAGUGUCUUCUUUAGAUCAACAACAGUGUAAGGGCAUUCAGAUCCCAGUUUCUAAAGUGGCCGGUCCCCUAUGUAUGUCCACAAACGUGCCUGGGUUCACCAUUCCUGAAAACAAAGUCCCUAUUCAGCAAGUGGCUCCCCUAAGAGGUGCCAAGACAUUGAGGACACCAUCUCCUUCUGCUUGCCCUCAUCUGCUACAAGGGGCCACAAAUACAGCUGGGUCCAAGCUCACACAAGUCUGCAGUUCUCGUGGUAGCACAACACAAGAUAUCCCGCCAAAGCCCUCAACCAACAUAACUCCUUCUAGUGCAGGUUCCACUGAGCCUAUUAAAUCGACAGUACCUAAACAGGAGCUGAGGACUGUGUGUAUCCGUGACUCUCAGUCCAUUUUGGUAACAACUAGAGGAGGUAACACAGGCAUUGUCAAAGUCCAGACAUCCUCGGACAAGAAUGCACUUGGUUCUUCCCCCUCCACUCCAGUCAUCACCAUCUCUCCUCAGUUUAAAGCCUUUCUUGUAUCCAAGACAUCACAGACCUCCUCUCAGACUCCCUCUUGCACCAUCCCAGCAGUAACAGGUAUCUCUUUGGGGCAGCCUCAGACGCAAGUUCCUUCAGUAUUAAAGUCCCCUUGCAGUGUCACAACUCCCAUGCUCACUGCCAUAACUGGUAGCCUUCCUGUCACAGCUACAAAAUGCCAGUCUUCAGGCACUACUGUUGCUCCAAUUCAAGGCUCCAUCACCUCAGUUGGAUCUACAGUUGCAACAAAGAUUAGCCAGCAGGUGGCUGCUGCUGAUUCUCAUUUUCAAGCCUCAUUAGUAAAAAACACUGUUGUUGUCCCAUCACUGAGUAGUUCUGGUAUCCCCAGCAAGACUGCUGUAAAACAGCAAAGUAUGGAUGACAGAUCCCAAGUUACUAAGUUCAUCUUGGUUAGUCCCUCUUGUUCUUCUGCAUCAAAUGUGGCAUCAUCUAAAAGUACACUCUCUUCUGCAAAACCAGUUCCUAAUUCAAGAGUCAUGUUCAUCAGCCAGCCCAGUAACAUCUCAUUGCCUCUGUGGGAAGUGACCAAAAGCAAACAAGCAGUAGGGGCUAGUGGACACUUGCUGACCAAUUCUUUAUCAGGUCAUACUUUAAAAGUGGGAUUAAGUCCUGGACAGCCUGUUGGUGGGGCCAAGAACAUCACUCUGCCUUCAGGGGUUCAAAUUCAGUUGACAGGGAAGACAACAACCAUUGGACAGACAAUUGGUGCACUGUCACGGUCACCCUCAAAGAGCAUACCAGUGUCUGCCUCAAUUCCAAGCUGUUCAACAACCACUACAGCUGGACUUGUUCCCUUCAUAACUUCAAACACCCUCCCAAGCUGUUCUGCCCAGCUUGCUUCUUACACUUCUCUGACCACCAGCUCAAAACUCCAGGGUAUUCCAUCCUUCUCUGGUAUAUCCCAGUCAAGCUCUUCCACAUCGUCAUCAACUGCUGCAACACCGCCUGCAGGAAAUGUAUUCAAGAAAGACAUUGGUUUGCAUCCAAGUGUACUGUCCAGCAACACUCCUGCUCAGGUAAGCACUACUGUGCAGAGCAGCCCAGCCCAAACCUCCAGUGUCAUCUGUCAGCCCUUUAAAGCAACAGGUGGUAUUGGUAAGGAAUCACUCUCAUCUUCCUGUGAACACGCUCUCAAUAAAAUCCAAGGUACCAAUGCCUUGGCAACAUCCAAUACACCAGUCCCCACCUCUGCUACCGGCACAAUCCAGCAGAGAAUAGUCAUCAACACGUCUACACCCCUUGCUGCAGGAACACAGAUCCUCCUCAACAAUGCACGGUUUGUAGUCCCUCCCCAGGGUUUGGGUCCAGGCAGCCACGUCCUCAUCAUCUCUAGCCCAUCACCGCAACAAGUGCCUACUGGUAGUGCUACCAGCACUGCUUCACCAGUACCUCCCCAAGGGGUGAACCAUGUCACUCUUGCCCCUCAAAUGCCAGUUUUACCACAAUCCCCAGCUAGGCAACCAGGUGUGCCAGCUGUAAGUUCUCCGUUUGUAGCAUCCACACCUGCUGGUGGUUCAUCAGUGCCAGCAAAAGCUCCCAAUGUCAUCCCCGUCCGACCAAAAGGCCUUGGCUCAGCAUUACCCAGUAACACAAAUGUAGUGUCUGCUUUGCCGAGGUUCCCAGUGCAAGCUGAAUGUUCACCAACCAUUGCGCCUACAGUAGCACCCACCUUGUCCAGAUUGUCAGCACCUCUAUCAUCCUUCCCUCUUUUACCCAGCCCUUCAGCUGUUCCCCUGCCUAGCCCACUCAUAACAGUACCUGCAACCCUCUCGUCAGCUGCAGGUACACCAGCUUUGCACACUUCUGUUCCUGCCCAGCAGAUGGUUUCAGUGUCCAGCCCAGGCAUACAGCCCUGCCACAGGGCAGUUGGAAUAUCAGCACACUCCACUGCUCUGACGCAGGCUUUGGUGCAUACAGGGCUGGGAAACACACCUACCAGAAAAACGGUUCCUGCAGGAAUGCAACCAGUGCUCGCUGGCGUUCGAACACAAGUUUUGCCAACAGUGACUGUCCCACCCAUUGUAAGUGCAGUGUCAAGGAUGCAGACACUGCCCAUUGCUACAGUUCCACCAACUGGAAGCACUGCCAACACCUGUGAGAUACCUGUUGUGACCUCACCUUUACCAAGCAGCACUGUAAUAAUCAGUCCAGCUCAAACAACCUCUACACUGAAGACAAACAACAGCAUCCACCCACCUGUAGGACUGACCAAUCAAGCACUUGGAAAGGACUGUCUGCUGACCUCAUCCUUAGGUAUGCGAACUAGUGUUUCAUCAAAGCUACUUAUUAGUCCUGAUGGCGCUGUUUGGAGCGCAGUUCAGGGGCAGGUCAAUACAGCAGAGCUGACCACCUGCCCAAAACCACUGAAUGCACCGAUGGUUUCACCCAACAGUUCAACUGGAGCAGUACACACACAUGAUUCCUCUUCACAAGCUACACAGGCAGACAGAAAGUGUACCAAUUAACUAAGACUGUGCCAGGUAUGUGAAGACUUGGACACCUCUUUUCCACUGUUUAGUCUUGGCAGGCAUAACCAUUGCUUGUAGCAAUCCUUGGGGUAUUUUAAGAACUGCCUUCCUGCUGUAGUUUGAUUUGUAACUUGCAUUUAGAAUAAAGUUGGUCAUCCCCUGGUUAUAUCAUCAGUUAGGUAAACUGUUUGCUCAAUCAGACAUACUCUGAUGUUUUUUCCCAGUAAAAACUGUUGAGGUUGCUCUCGAAUGAAUGUUACACUCUUGACUUUCCUUUUUAUACUUAAUGGCCAGUAAUGACAGCUGUCGUAAAAAUCAGUAGAACAGGAUUAGUGAUAUAACACUUUAAAUUCAAGCUUUUGUAAUACUUUUCAAUACCAGUAGAUACUGCUUCAAGAAAUAAAAUUUGGAUACUUUACAUCAGUAUAACUCGCUUUGCUUUAUCCGUCAGUUUGAACAACUGUCUGUAUUCAAAGUCUGUCACAUGGUCCUUUGUUCAACCAGUAACUGUUUGAAAACUACAAUUUACUUUUUGGAAGUAUAAAUAAACCGAUAGAGGAAUUUGUACUACAUGUUUGAGCCCAUAUAAGAUGUUUUGAAGUCACAUUUAUUUAUUUUUACCAUAUAGAUUUUUCAAAAGUAUUUACUAGGUACAUUUUCUUGGAACAAAUGUGGACAUAACUGCAUGGAAAUAAACAAUGCGACUGUCCUCAACAA